AUGGAACUUCUAUUUCUGGGUAUAUCUUUCAUUACCUUUCUCUUCCUCCUCCAUGGCCUUGGCCUCUACCGUGCAAGGAAACUACCGCCAGGUCCUGCCGGCCUCCCCAUCAUCGGAAACCUUCUUGACAUUGGACCCAAACCCCAUGAGUCUCUUGCCAAACUCUCCCACAAAUACAACCCACUCAUGACAAUCCGAUUAGGCAGCAUCACCAGCGUGGUGGCAUCUACACCCAACGCCGCCAGAGAAAUCCUCCAACACAACGACGAUGCAUGCUCUAGUCGAUUUGUCCCGGACCCAGUCACCGCCUUGGAUAACCAUGACUCGGCGGUCCUAUGGAUCUCUGCAAACCAAGAGUGGCGGAGCAUGCGGAAAGCUCUCAACAUAUCCCUCACCCACCAACACAAACUUGACACCCUCCGUGACGUUCGCCAGAGCGUGGUGGAGGGCAUGGUGGAGUUUCUUCAUCAGUCUGGGCAGAAGAAGGUGGCGGUGGAUAUAGGAAACUUGGCAUUUGCGGUGGCGCUCAACCAAAUGUCCAACACAUGCGUUUCAAAGAACGUGGCCAGCUAUGAGUCUGAUGAUGUAGGGGGGUUCAUGUUGGGCUAG